UGAUGAAGGUGGGCUUUUGAAAACGAGUCCAAUGUUUCUCUUAUUUAAAGGGGAAGUUCUUCUAAUCUAACCAUAAGUCAUGGGCAUGUGAGGAGUGCUCACUGAAGUGCUCUGAACUUCUAUCCUCUUUUCAACAUCCAUUGCACAUGUUUAUUUCGCUACUGGAACGGUAGAUGGAUUCGUCCAUAGAGAGCUCCGGUUCAUCGACCGGUAACCCGGUGCGCUGCCGUCGUACCUGUAAGAUCAUUGUGAUUGGAGAUGCCGGUGUCGGUAAGACCUGUCUGACUCACCGCUUCUGUACCGGGCAGUUUCCCAGCAGAACGGAGGCUACAAUCGGGGUGGAUUUUCGUGAGAAACUUAUUGAGUUCGAAGGCGAGAAAAUCAAAAUACAGCUCUGGGACACGGCAGGUCAGGAGCGUUUUCGUAAAAGCAUGGUCCAGCACUACUAUCGCAAUGUGCACGGAAUUGUCUUUGUCUUUGAUGUCACUAACCCCUCUAGUUUCUGCAAUCUUCCCUUGUGGAUGGACGAGUGCCGUCAGCACUCUCUUGGUCUGGAUAUACCCCGUGCCCUUGUUUGCAACAAGGCCGAUCUGGUCACUUCGACCACUGCUUCUGUGUUAAUCGCUCAGGCUCGUCAUUUGGCUGAAGUCCACGGAAUGUCUUUUUAUCUUACAUCAGCCAAAGGUCUCAAAGGGGACCAGGUGGACAGCAUCUUUGUGACAUUGGCACAGAGGUUGAAGAGCCAGAGAAGGGAGAGUGUGAACGAAUGUGUAUUACAAUGCAGAUCUGAGAGCUUCAAUAUCCCAGCAAGAGUCGUAACAGCACAAGAGAGCAAGAAGAAAUGGGCCUGCAUCUGCUAAUGGAUGGAUGAACUUGAGAGUUAUUUUAG